UGGCUUCUCACUUUUCUCUUAAUCCUUGGCUUUUUUCACCUCCAACUUAGCUUUAUAUAACCUUUCUCCUUAUUGCUUUGUUGCACAUAUUUCCAUUUGAAUCCCUUUUGAGUUCUUUAUCUGCUGUUUUUUUUUUCUCUUUUUAGGUGCUUUGGGAAAUAUUUCAGCUGUUUGUUUAUAUAUAAAGUGUGGGUUCUGUUAGGAUUUUAAGCUGAGAAUUCUGAUUGGAACCAAGAUUUUGAUCAAAUUGAAGAAAUGGCAAACAUUGGUGAAGAAGAUGAUAAAAUGGAUUUGCCCCCAGGUUUCAGAUUUCACCCAACAGAUGAAGAGCUAAUUCACCAAUAUUUAUACAAAAAAGUUCUUGGCAUCAAUUUCAGUUCAAUAGCUAUUGGAGAGGUGGAUUUGAACAAAUCUGAGCCCUGGGAUUUACCAUGGAAGGCGAAAAUGGGAGAAAAAGAAUGGUAUUUUUUCUGUGUGAGAGAUAGAAAAUACCCAACUGGUUUGAGAACAAAUAGAGCCACUGAUUCUGGGUAUUGGAAAGCCACUGGGAAAGAUAAAGAGAUUUACAUGGGAAAAUCAUUGGUUGGAAUGAAGAAAACUCUUGUUUUUUACCAAGGCAGAGCUCCUAAAGGAGCUAAAACCAAUUGGGUCAUGCAUGAAUAUAGACUUGAUGGCAAAUUCUCAAUCCAAAAUCUCCCUAAAACUGCCAAGAAUGAAUGGGUGAUUUGCAGGGUAUUUCAAAAGAGUUCAGAUGGGAAAAAAAUUCCUAUUUCAAGCCUGGUUAAGGCUAGUUGUUUAAGCAAUGAAUUAGGUCCUGCUACUGGUUUACCACCAUUAAUGGAUUCUUCACCAUACAAUGGCGGCAAAAGCGAACCUGUUUUCGCCGAUUCAACAUACGUGCCCUGCUUCUCCAAUCCUAUCGGUUCUCAAACAAACCAACAAAUCACGAUCGAUCACAAUUUCAAUUAUCGCACUCUUCACGUUUCGUCGAAUCCUUGUCACGUUCUCCCGCAAAACCCGUUCUACGCUGCUGAGUUUGAAUCCCUUGGUUCGGUGCAAGAACAGUCCAUGUUGAGGACUUUGAUUGAAAACCAUGGAGCGAAGGUUCAAGCGGAGAGGGAGAUUGUUAGGAAACCAGAAAUGUUAUUUGUAUCGAAUCUGGAGAGUGGAAAGAAGCCAUUUGAUGAUCAACAUGCACCUUCUUCUUCUUCAGCUGGACCAGUGGAUCUUGAUUGUUUUUGGCAUUACUGAAUUUAAGGGGAAAAAAAAAACAUUUGAUGGAUUGAAACGAAAAUGUAUAAACUUAGAAGAUUAAGCUUUCAUGUUGCUGUUAUUGUUUGGAAAAGAUGGUGAGUUGAAUCGUUGUAUAGAUUUUUCUUAAUCGAAACUUUUUUUCUUGUUUUGGAAAA